ACGAAGAAUCUCCAGCACGACAACUUCCUGUCGACCAGACACACGUGAGAAAGCGUGCGUUAAUACUCCUGCACUGUUUAUAGACAUUCAUAUGACGAGAUCUUUAAUGUUAUCGCGACUUGUAUAUAACAAUAUCUGCCAUAGUCAGUAAUCAACAGUGUUGUUUUCGAGACGUUUGCAGGCUGUAAAGAACAGUCGAGCUGAACUCGUGUGGGAAAAUGCCUGCAGUCACUUUAUUUGUCAGGAGAUUACCUGCAACGGCCACCAAUGAACAUCUGGCGGAGGUUUUCUCUGAAAUAGGACCGCUAAAGAAUUGCUUUGUUGUCAGGGACAGAGAGACUGAAAAAUGUCGUGGCUUUGGAUACGUUACAUUCUCAAUGGAAGAAGAUGCUCAGCGGGCCAUUAAAGAAGUCAAAGUGUAUGAAGGCGAGAAGAUAUUUGUAACUGUGGCCAAGAAAAAACCCGAUAAUAAGAAAAAGAAGAAGAAAGUGAAAACAGAAGAAGAUUCAGAAGACACACAGAAACCUCAGGAACCCACAGAAAGCAAAAGUCCUGCAACAAAGUGUACAGGAAUAAAGAAGAACAAACUGAAAGCUCGGCUGAUCAUCAGAAAUCUCAGUUUCAAGUGUGAAGAAGAUGAUUUGAAACAGAUCUUCUCCAAGUUUGGAACAGUGAUUGAGGCCAAGAUUCCCUUAAAACCAGAUGGGAAGAAGCGAGGUUUUGCGUUUCUGCAGUUUAAGAACAUGGCAGAAGCUGGAAGAGCUCUGGCUGCGAUGAACCUGAAGGAGAUCAAAGACAGACAGGUGGCUGUGGACUGGGCCAUUGCAAAAGACAAGUAUCUCGCCACCCAGUCAGCUGGAGCGGCUGGAGCUGUCAAAGAAGAGAAAGCCAAUUCGAAUUCUGAAGGUGCACAGGCUGAUGGGAAUGAAAAAGAGGCCAAGAAAAAGCCCACAUCACAGGAAGAAAAGGACGACUCUGAGUCAGAAGCAGAAGAGACAUCUGAAGAUGAUGAUGAAGCCGAUAGUAGUGAAGAGGAAGAGGACUCUGAAUCUCAGCGGACAGACAGUGAUGCCAGUGAAUCUGACGACUACGAUGAUGAUGAUGAUGAUGAUGAUGAUGAUGACGAAGCUGAGGGAAAAACUCCUCCAAAGAAGAAGAGAAACCCUCUUCCUGCAGAUGUGAAUGAGGGAAGAACCAUCUUCGUAAGAAAUCUGGCCUUUGACACAGACGAAGAGGGUUUGGAAGAAGUGUUGUUGCAGUUUGGUGAGCUAAAUUACGUGCGUGUUGUGAUGAACGCAGACACAGGAUGUUCAAAAGGGUGUGCUUUUGCUCAGUUCAAAAGUAAAGAAGCGGCAGAGAAAUGCAUCGCUGCUGCUGCUCAAGAUGAAAAAGAGUUUGGUGGCAUUAGAGUCGAUGGCAGGAGAUUGAACAUUUUGCCUGCCGUGAACAGAGAAGAUGCUGCCAAAUUCAAGGACAAGAAAGUGAAAACUCACACAGGCUCCAGGAACCUUUACCUCGCCAGAGAGGGCUUGAUUCGUGCAGGAACCAAUGCAGCAGAGGGCGUUUCAGAAGCUGAUAUGGCCAAGAGGACAAGAUUUGAGGAGCUGAAAAGGGCAAAGUUAAAGGACAUUAGUAUUUAUGUGUCUAAAACACGGCUGUGUGUUCAUAACCUGCCUAAGAGUGUCGAUCAACAGAAACUUCAGAAGCUGUGCCUCUCUGCUGCCGGUGGUAAAGGGGUCCGCAUUACUGAGUGUCGUGUGAUGUAUGACAAGAAGCCUGUUCGGGGUCAGGUGAUUGGUAAGUCUCUAGGAUACGGCUUUGUGGAGUUUAAAGAGCAUGAACAUGCUCUACAAGCCCUACGCCACCUCAACAACAACCCAGACAUCUUUGGACCCCAAAAGAGACCCAUAGUGGAGUUCUCUCUGGAGGAUGAAAGGAAGCUGAAACUUAAAGCCAUCCGUUUGGAAAACAGCAAGAAGCAACUCAAAAAAGUUAGUAGCCAAAAAGGAGAGCAGCCGCAGCAGCAGCAACAGCAUUCGGGGGAGAAGAAAGGACCCUUGAGGAAAGAAAAUGCAGCUAAUGUUGUUAAACCGAAAGAACAAGGAAGCCAGUACAGCGGCUUUAUAACCAAACCAGAGGUGGAGCAUGUAGAACUGAAGGAUGGCAAAAAACGGCCCAAGGUUCUGCACAUGCCUUCACACAGAGGCCCAAAAAUCAGGAAACGCGAUAAAGGGAAACAACCCAUGGUACAACCCAAGAAACAGAACAAAGGGCCCAGCAGGAACGAGAGAAAGAUGUCUAUUUUCAAUGAGAAAUCCAGCAUGGACAGGAAACAGAAUGGCAAACCUGCAAAGAGAAAGUUCCAGAACAGAGAGGAUGUCCGCUUUGACACGCUGGUGAACCAGUACAAAAAGAAACUGAUGGGAACAUCAAACACGAAGACUGCAGUCAAAAAGAGCAAAUGGUUCAUUUGAACAUCUGAGCUUGAAAGAACAUGUAAAAAUAUUUAAAACCUCUCAAAGGACUAAAUUUAAUACUUUGAUUCUUGAGUUUUAAAUAUGAAAUUUAUUUCCAUUACAGAUAUAACAAAAUGCAGAGAUGGUUCCAAUACUUAACAGACUGUGUUUUGUGGGGACGUCUCUUGAUUAUGUCUUGUUUAUGUUUUUCAAGAGUUCUACGCCACGUUUCAUGUGUCCUGCUGUUUUGGCACAGAGACUUUUUUUAAACAUUACUUUUAAACAUGCUUUUGUAGACAGGAUGAUUGGUCAACUGUUGUCAAUAUGGACUUUGCCUACAUACUUUAGCUGUCGUUAUUUAACUGCUCUUCUCAAACUUUGAAAGCAGGUGGACUUGUUUUAAAUGCCAGCAGUCAAUUUCUGUCAUCCACUGGUAAAUAAGUUAUGUAAAGCACCCUUGUUGAUAAAGUCUGAGAAAAAAAAAAAGAA